ACAAUCACCCGACUUUGCAAACACUCUCUCUCUUACGGCGUACGGUCUUACCACUCUCAGGGCGCAAGCCACCAGCCCCUCCCCUUGGUACUGCACCUUAGUAGCCUUUAUAGCGGACGACCCGAUCAAACACACAAGGAAAAUGUCGGAAGCCCUGCUUGACGAAAUAGAAGCCAUCAACUCCAUCUACGGCGACAACACUCUGACUCACUCGGCACAAGACCCGGACCCCACCAUUUUCAUCCUGACGCUGCCCGGCGAAACGGCCUCACUUAGGGUGCAGUUCCCACACGCCUAUCCAGACGUCCCCCCAGCCGUCCUCGGCACCCACAGCUCUGGCUCGGCAGGAAAGCGCGGGUCGGCCGCCCGGGACCUGGCCCUUUUCCGGGACGCCGUGAGCGAGGCGUAUGAGCCGGGGCAGGUCUGCCUGUUCGAUGCCCUCGAGAAAGUCCAGGAGCUUCUGGCCGCCGCCGCUCAGGACAGUAGCGGGGACGAACAACAUCACGAGACCGAUGAGCGGCCGCCCACGGCAGCGCCCGAAGAAGAAGACAACAAGCAUGCAGCAUCCCCAGGUACUACCAAGGACCUGCUACUGGGCGACGCACCGCCCCCGCCCUGGACGCUCUCCCUCCCUUUCGUCGAAUGCAAGUCCACCUUCGUGGCCCGCUGCGCGCCGGUGAGCUCCCCGCAACAAGCCGCCUCGUAUCUGGCCCAUCUGCUGGCGUCGGAUAAGCGGGUGCGCGCCGCGACGCACAACAUCACGGCCUGGCGCAUCCGGGGACCCAACGGGACGAGCUUUCAGGACUGCGACGAUGACGGCGAGACGGCCGCCGGCGGCAGGCUGCUGCAUCUCAUGCAGCUCAUGGACCUGUGGGGCGUCAUGGUGGUGGUGACACGGUGGUAUGGCGGCGUGAAGCUGGGACCGCGGCGGUUUGCGCUGAUUAACCAGACCGCGAGGGACGCGUUCGUGCGGGCCGGGCUGGUCAAGGAGGAGGUAUCCACGGGCGGGGGGAAGAAGAAGGGGGGCAAGUGA